UUAGACUUCGAGGCGACAAACUCAGCGAUCGAUCUCGUAGAUCCCACUUUCCAGAUGACUGAUCCCUCGCGAGCAAGGAUCGUCGAACUGACGUUUGAAUAUAAUCUUCUAGGUAUUGUCUAUGAGCGAGGAGCUCAGGCGAGCUCUGUACACGAACAGCGCCGUCUCCAUCGACAACGACGUCAUCGUUCCCGACCUGGUCGGCAACACUGAGAUCCUCAGCGACGAGCACAGGGAACAACUGUGCCGGCACCUGCCAGCCAGGGCGGAGGGCUACCUCUGGACCCUCGUCUUCAGCACCAGCCAACAUGGAUUCAGUCUGAACAGCAUGUACAGGAAAAUGGCCAAGGUAGAGAGCCCGAUCCUCUUGGUCAUAGAAGAUACAGAGGGCAAUGUGUUUGGUGCGUUGACCUCGUGCUCGCUGCACGUGAGCGACCAUUUCUACGGAACCGGCGAGUCCCUACUCUUCAAGUUCACGCCGAAAUUCCAGGCGUUCCACUGGACUGGCGACAACCUUUACUUCAUCAAGGGCAACAACGAAAGCCUGUCCAUCGGCGCCGGCGAUGGAAAAUUCGGACUGUGGCUGGACGGGGACCUGUACCAAGGCAGGACACAAACGUGCAGCACGUACGGGAACGAGCCGCUCGCGCCCCGAGAAGACUUCGUGGUGAAAACGCUGGAGUGUUGGGCAUUCAUAUAGGACACAGCCUCGUACACCUCCGCGACUACGCCCUCGCCGCAGCCUAAUCUGACCUGAAUCCCGAAGAGAGAAAGAGAGAAAGAGAGA